AUGGACCCAUUUGAUCUUCGCCCAUUUUUCAAACAGAGCCUAUCAGUCGUGUUCUCAUUGGACGAAACAAACAGGAAUGUUUUCAGCUAUCAAAAUUCUAUCACGCAGGCUCUCAAGACUAAAUACGGUAUCGAGGCCUACACUGGAGCAAGCCCGGCUCAGGUGUAUAUGACUAUGUUCGCAAUGUCCUCGGUACUUUUCCAUGCACAUCCAGAUCGCAGGUGGCUUUAUAAUGCCAUGUGGGCUCGUGUGUUUGAUUCGGAAUACCUAUCUACAGAAGAGGGUGCAUACAACUGGCUAGCGAUUGCGAUAAAGCAACGUGCAUGGAUUGGAUAUGAUGGAAUGAGGAUUUUGCCCGUGCUAGGAACAGAGGGCGGGACUCUUGCGCUGUUUAAUAGCUUAGUGCAGCUCGAUACCAAUGAGUGGGAGGCAGAAUUUUGCUUUGACACGUUCGAAACCCCAAAAAUUACUGGGUCGAUAUACUAUAUCGCUUCGGUUUUUCAAAGCUGCUGUCAUGUACCUGACAUGAGUCCCAAACUUGACAUUUCAAUGUCAUACGAGCAAUGCAGGGCAGAAGUCGACCAGAUUUCUCACAAUAUCGCUCUAUAUUACUCCGAGAAGUUCCUAAGUUCUGCUUCGCUUCCAGACGCAUACGAAAAAAAUUCCAAGAUUCGCCACGGUGCUGGAAAGGAGACUGCAAAGGAAGGAUUUAUGCUGAAGCCCGAACACUGA